GUACAGGCCGGAUCCACCGUAAACCGAGCGGCGCUCUCCCACGGUGUGCCGAGGCCAACGCUCCGAAAGUAUUUGUUGUUGGUGGGGCCUCCGGUCGAAAAUCGUAACCUAGGUCGGUUCAAGCCAGUUUUCACUGCCCAGCAAGAGCGAGAGCUGGUCGAUUACAUUCUGGCCAUGGAAGUUACUCUCUACGGGGUCACGUCAUUGGAAAUGCGCAGUUUGGCCUACCAGCUGGCCACCAUCAACAGAAUCGACCACCCCUUCGACAACGGCACGGAGCUGGCUGGCAAGGAUUGGCUGUAAGGAUUCCGCAUGCGCCACCCGGAACUUUCGCUGCGAGCACCGGAAGCAACCUCUGCAGCCCGAGCCCAAGGGUUCAAUAAGGUGGCCGUGGACCAAUUUUACGACAUUGUAGAAGCUGCACUCUCUACUGGGAAGUUCCGGAAGCCCAGUCAGUUUAAAAACGUAGACGAAACGUGCGUGGUUACUGUUCAAAGCAAGCGGUCGAAGAUCUUGGCGUUGAAGGGACGGCGACAGGUUGGGGCCAUAACUUCAGCAGAGCGUGGUGUCUUGUCCACGGCUUGCAUCUCGUCGUCGGCGUGCGGCCAAUACCUGCCCCCGAUGUUAAUUUUUCCUAGAUGCCGUAUUACGGAGCAUCUGAAGCGCGGAGCUCCACCAGGCACCGUAUUUGCGGGGAAUCCAACGGGGUGGAUGACAGUCGACAUAUUUAUUAAAUGGUUUGACCAUUUUUUGGCGCAUACGAAGCCGUCGGCGGAAGAUCCGGUUAUACUAUUCCUGGAUGGCCACGCUUCUCACACCAAAAACUUGGCCUUCAUUGAAAAGGCCAGGGCCAAUCACGUGACCGUGAUCAGUUUCCCUCCGCAUUCUAGCCACAAACUGCAGCCAUUGGACGUCAGCUUCAUGGGGCCGCUGAAGACCAACUUCUCCCAAGUCAUCGAGAGAUAUCUCAAGGCCAAUCCGGGGAAGGCCGUCACGAUAAACGACGUCAGCGAACUGCUUGGGGACGCGUAUCUGAGAUCGGCGACGCCGAAGAACGCAAUCGUCGGUUUUGAUAAAACCGGAUUGUGGCCAUUCAACCGCCAUAACUUUAAACUGGAAGACUUCGCAGCGGCCAAGGCGACAGACGUGUUGGAUAGCUUCGAAACAGAUCAAGAGAAACCCUCGUGUCCACCUCCCGUUCCUGUUGAGCCGACUCCCGGACAGCAUCCAGUCCCCGCUGAGCCAAGCUCCAAGCAGUCCCUGCUGAGCCCUGUUGAGCCGAUUUCUGGACAGCCUCCUGUUCCUGUUGAACCGACUUCCGGGCAGUCCCUGGUGAGCCCUGGUGAGCUGACUCCAGGACGGCAAGGGUUCACAGUUUCUCCGGAAGCUAUCAAGCCGCUUCCAAAAGUGGCUGGGCGGAAAAUUGCUAGCGGACGGCGUCGUCAAAAAGCUACAGAACUUACCUCCGACACCUACCGGAACGCGUUGAAGGCAUCUGAGGCCAACAAAGAAGUCUCAGAGAUCAGGAAGUCAAAGAAACGAUUGGCCAAAGUGACGUCCGAAACCUCCACGAAGAAGAAGAAGCGGGAUGGCAAGGCGGGAAAAGAGAACGUAAACGACUCGUUGUGUGCGAUCUGCGGAGCGGUUUUCAGCAACUUUAACGAUGGUUCUGAUUGGGAGAAGUGCCACACCUGUGCGGAAUGGUUCCACUGCUGCGUGGACAAUUCGUGCCCGACUUGCAACGUUUAAUUUUAAGAGCAGUUUUUUUUGUUUCUUUCGAUUUGAAACAAUUUUGAUUUCAUACAUUUCCCACAUUUGAUGAUUAAAUAAAAAUUGAAUUCCCAGAAGUACUACUUG